AUCAAUGGCAAUCGGUUAUUUGGCAACAAUUACACAAUUGAGUUCUAACAGUGAAGUCUCCGUGAAGCACUAGUACAAUGAAAGUUUUCGUCUGCAUUUUAGCCUCUUUGGUGGUAGUUAGCGCAGGAGGUGGUUAUCUGCCACGAGGUGGCGGCGGUGGUGGCUUUGGCGGUGGUUAUGGCGGCCAGGGUGGCUUUGCAGGCUCUUCCAGUUCCGCCAGCUCGAGUGCGUCUGCAUACUCCUCAGGUGGUGGUUUUGGUGGGGGAGCCGGAGCGGGGCGCUAUGCCGGCGGCUUUGGUAAAGGCGGUGGAGGUGGCGGUCGUGGCUGGAAAAGUAGUGGUGGCGCCUUAGGCGGCGCUGGCAGCUAUGGUGGCGGCGCAUCUUUGGGUGGAGCUGGUGCAGGUGGUUAUGGUGGCGGCAGUGGUUUCGGCGGUGGACAUGGUGGCGGCAGAAAGGGCGGUUUGUAUGGCGGCGUUACCUCCAGUAUUUCCUUCCAACCAGGAAAUUCUUUGGGCAGCGGCGGUGCAGGUUCUUAUGGCGGCGGCGUUGGCCAUGGCAGUGGUUUGGGCGGUGGAGCAUAUGGACCUAGUCUUGGCGGUGCUGGACUCGGUGGCGGUUAUGCUAGCGGUGGCUCUUCAUAUGGAGCCAGUAGCAGCGCUGCUGGAUAUGGCGGUGGUGCUUAUGGAGGCGGUGCUGGAUUGGGCGGUGCUGGAUUAGGUGGUUAUGGUGGCGGUGCUGGAUUGGGUGGUUAUGGUGGCGGUGCUGCAUUGGGUGGUUAUGGUGGCGCUGGCGGUAAAUCAGGUUACGGCUACUCUGCUGGUAGUAGUGCUUCAGCUAGCUCAUCCAGUUCAGCCGGUUCAUCUGGUUGGUGGAAGAAUUAGUUCGAUGCUAUGACCGUGAUAUAUCAUAAAA